AUGUCAAUUGUUCCGAUCAUUACAUUCAAGGCUGGGCUCUGUGAAGUGGAUACGUCCACCCGACCUCAGAAGGUCAAGGCUCUUGUCGAACCUGGCUACAUUUAUCUUUACUCCGAAGAAGAUCUCAUUCGGUUUUGCUGGCGGCCUCGGAAUGUGCCAAUUGAUGUUCCGACACUGAAUCUUGUCAUGGUGCCAACCGACGGCCACUUUGUCCCCUACGAUGGUGCGGCCUCUGGCCACGCUUCAGCCAAGACGAACGGUCGCAUUUUUGUCCUCAAGUUUGAAUCGUCCUCUCAACGAUACCUCUUUUGGCUGCAGUCAAAGCCACAGGCUGCGAGUGGCGACCCUUCCUGGAUGAGCCCCCGGGACCGAAAGAUUGGAGACAUCGUCGACCGGCUGCUGCAGGGUGAGGAGCUUGACGUGAACCACGAGUUGGCUCAGGUGAAGAACAACACAGACGACAGCCGGAGAGACGGCGAUGAUGAUGAUGAGACCAUGGAGGACGUCGAGGGUCACGGCGGCUCGAAUUUGCCCCAAUCUAGCAGCGGCGGCCCAGGUGCUACGGGUGGCGAUGCCCGGAGCGAGGGAGAGGAUUCACGUGAAGGCGGAGCUGACGGAGCGAGAGCUGCUUCAUCGGCAGCCCCUGCGGAUGCUGCAGCUAUGGUACGCAACCUACUUGCCUCUCUAUCUGGCCAGCAAGGUAUUCCGAGCCAAGAGCGGCGAGAGAAGCUCUACCCGUUGCUGAAUGAUCUUCUCGAACCGUCUGUGACGAUCCCCAUGAUUAAGAGUGCGAGUGAAGAGUAUAUUGACGGUCUGCUGAGCUUCCUGCCGCCAACGGUACUCAUUCUUAGCCAGCAAGAUGCAAUCGAGGAUGGCGACAUUGUCGAGCCGACAGCAGAAGCAGCGGCCGCUGCAAAAGUAGCUAUGAGUAUCGCGGAGAAAAAGGGUCUUUUGGAAAAAGUGCUACGCACUCCGCAGUUUCAUCAGAGCCUGGCGAGUCUGACCAUGGCUAUCCGUGAUGGAGGUCUACCCAGCAUAGCUGAUGCUCUCGCCAUUCCCGUCAAGAACCACGGAUUUCUGCCCGGUGGUGCCAUGCCCUUAGGCGGCGGCGAGGCUGUAGAGGCAUUUGUUGAAGGUGUCAAAUCUACAGUUCAGGAGAAGCUAGAGAAACAAAAGCAGUAG